GGGAUGGUGACUCCACCACCUCCCUGGGCAGCCCAUUCCAAUGCCAAUCACUCUCUCUGCCAACAACUUCCUCCUAACAUCCAGCCUGUACUUCCCCUGGCACAGCUUGAGACUGUGUCCCCUUGUUCUGUUGCUGGUUGUCUGGGAGAAGAGACCAACCCCCACCUGGCUACAGCCUCCCUUCAGAGCGACACAAGUACAAAUCCAUAUGGAGGAUGAAUCUCAUUCUUCUCAAGGAGUCAGUGUCAAGGUCUUGGAGGCAUCACUGUUGUCAGCCCUGAAGAUGCUGGAUGUUGGAAAAUGGCCAAUUUUUUCUCUCUGUUCCCAAGAAGAGCUGAAGUUAAUUCGUCAAGCAUGUGUAUUCGGCAGUGCUGGUAAUGAAGUGUUGUAUGCAACUGAAAACAAUGAGGUUUUUGUGCUUGGCAUGAACUGCAGCGGGUGCUUGGGAACAGGUGACAUGCAAAGCACUAUUGAGCCAAGGAGGUUAGACUCUCUGUGUGGCAAAAAGAUAGCUUGUCUGAGUUAUGGAAGUGGCCCUCAUGUUGUUCUUGCUACAGAAGAAGGAGAGGUGUAUACAUGGGGUCAUAAUGCUUACAGUCAGCUGGGCAAUGGCACAACAAAUCAUGGUUUCGUCCCCUGUCAAGUCUCUACUAACUUGGUGAACAAGAAAGUCAUUGAAGUUGCCUGUGGCUCCCAUCAUUCUAUGGUGUUGACAUCUGAUGGAGAGGUAUACACCUGGGGUUACAACAACUCAGGCCAAGUUGGAUCUGGUUCAACAGCUAAUCAGUCAAUUCCUCGAAGAGUUACUAGCUGCCUUCAAAAUAAAAUAGUAGUUAAUAUAGCUUGUGGACAGAUGUGCUCUAUGGCUGUGGUGGAGAAUGGAGAGGUCUAUGUCUGGGGUUACAAUGGCAAUGGCCAGCUUGGACUGGGCAGCAGCGGCAAUCAGCCAACCCCCUGCCGGAUAGCAGCUCUGCAAGGCAUUCGCGUGCAGCGGGUUGCCUGUGGCUAUGCACAUACACUGGUGCUGACAGAUGAAGGCCAGGUUUAUGCCUGGGGAGCCAAUUCAUAUGGCCAAUUAGGUACUGGGAAUAAAAGUAACCAGUCUUACCCUACAACAGUUAUUGUGGAUAAGGACAGAGUUGUAGAGAUAGCAGCCUGCCACUCUGCUCACACGUCAGCUGCCAAGACCCAGAGUGGCCAGGUGUACAUGUGGGGCCAAUGCCGUGGGCAGUCGGUGAUCCUGCCCCACCUCACUCACUUUGCCUGUACUGACGACGUCUUUGCUUGCUUUGCUACCCCUGCUGUUAUGUGGCGCCUUCUCUCCGUAGAGCCUGAUGACCAUCUAACAGUAGCCCAGUCACUAAAGAAGGAAUUUGACAACCCUGAAACUGCAGACCUGAAGUUUCUAGUGGAUGGAAAAUACAUUCAUGUUCAUAAAGUUCUUCUCAAAAUCAGGUGUGAACAUUUUCGUUCCAUACUGAACAGUGACGAUGAAGUGAUAGAAAUGAGUGCAUUUUCUUACCCUGUUUACCGGGCUUUCCUGGAGUACCUGUACACAGACAGCAUUAGGCUGCCUCCUGAAGAUGCAAUAGGCCUGCUCGAUUUGGCAACACUGUACAGAGAAAACAGACUGAAAAAGCUCUGCCAACAAACGAUCAAACAAGGCAUUUGUGAAGAGAAUGCCAUCGCUCUUCUUUCUGCUGCUGUCAAAUAUGAAGCUCAGGACUUGGAAGAAUUUUGCUUCAGAUUUUGUAUAAACCAUUUAACUGUUGUGACACAAACUCAAGGCUUUGCAGAAAUGGACCAUGACCUCCUGAAGAACUUCAUUAGCAAAGCAAGCAGAGUGGGAGCAUUCCGAAACUGAGGUCUAACUACCACCAACUGAAGAGCAUAUCCUCUUCCCUCCUGCAAAUCCUUCUUUGGAGAGCUUAUCAUCUCUGGUCGUGGUGUUCAGGGGCUUGGAGAGAAAGACUCAGUGUCCAUCAGCUUAGAAGCAUGAAGAAGUUUGCUGACAUGUAAGUUUUGUAAAGAUGGCUACAAGAAGGAUGCAUGGUGGGAGACCACUGCCAACAGUCAGACUGUAACAACAAAAGUCUAGUGCAGCAAAUAUCCUUUCCCACUUGAAGUCAAGCAAGCUAAGCUCCCAUGAGCCUCUCUGUUUUGAGGGGUUUGGGCUUUUGUUUCCUGUGAGUUGGUUGGGUUUUUUUUUAAAGCAACCUACAGUUGUGGUUUGUGGGACAGUGACCUGUUCACUGCCAAAACUUUGUCAGUAUCCUUUUAUCAGCACACUAAGUUAAUAUGCUGGGCUGGGCUGCUUUGGACUUGGCUCAUCAGCUGGUGAAGAUACUAACAGAGUUUUCUGAGUGUAAGGUGAAGUCAUAAAUUGUUUAGGAUGAGAGGCUUUCUAAUUGUGGGGAGGAUAUGUGUGAGGGGGAAUGUGUAAGCCCUGAAGAGCUUCAGCUGGAUAUGAGAGUUUUGAAUUCCUGGCACUUAAUGUCUGGUGUUCUAGAAUGAAAAAAACAAAAGUUGCUUUCCAUCACACCAAGCAACAUUCCCUGGCACUCAGAGGGGCCAGGAAGCAUUCACAGCACUUGUCUGGAUGUGAAUUACUGUGCUUUGUGUUCUGCUACUCAGAAAAACAGCUGGUUUCUUGUUACUAAGAAAAAAGAAACCCAAACAAACUCUCAAGAUAGCGAAGUUCCUGGUUGUUUUUUUCCUGCCUUACUGUCUAUCUAGUGCCAGACAAAUCUGCUUAAGAAGUGGAGAAGAAGACAGCUUUGAAGUGAUAAAAAUAGGUCUUGGAAUGAAACCCUAAGAGUGAAACGUUAUUUUCCAUGUGACAGGAAGGACACUUUGUCCUACUACAUUGUUUCAGUUCUGCUUUGCUCAGUGUUGUGACGUACCACUCACCUCAUGUGCAGUUUGAGAAAGGAGUUGCCCUCUGGCCAUGCCUCUCCCAUCACCGACCACUGAAGGUAGCAGAUGGCUGCGGCAGUGAGAUAAUCCUUCAUUUCUAACUGACUAAGGUGAGUUGAGAAGAAACUCUCCUGCUGUUCCACAGCAGAAGGCUUGCCCCAUUACAGAAGCAGCUGAGCUCCUGAAGUGGUUACUUGGAUUUUCUAACAGGCAACUCUGAAUUAACCCUAGGAAAUGAUUUCUUCUAAAACACUGCUGGCUGAGGUGGCCUUAAGUGCCUUUUGCAGGAUUUUACAAAUGGAGAAGGCAAGAAGGUGGAAGGUGAGACUUGCAUCACUAAUUUUAUUAGCAUCCUACCUUCCUGCUGAUCCUUGCUGUUGCCACAGAAUCUUUAUGAAUUUUUCUUAUCCUGCAAUGUGGUUUCUAAAAAGCUGAUUCCCUUGAGUGAUCACAGCCUCGUUUCUAAAGUAGAAAUAACUGCAUUUUAUUCUAUGGGAAGAUAAGCUCUCAAACAAUCCUGCUCCUUGAGGAGGAGGAGAAUGAGCAGCACUUUCUCAGAGAAGCAGAGGGUAGUGCCUCUCUUCACUCAGUCCCUGCAGGUGUGAGCGGAAGGAUGAGGCAAGCAGAGAGUAGAAUUUAGUAAGAGGAACCUUAUUUUGGAAAUGCUGUGUUAAAAACUUACACGUUUGAGGCAUCUGCAAUACAUUGGCUCCUCUACUGCUGUAACAAGCACCUUCUGCCACCCUCUCAGUGAUUAAUUAGGCCACCUUCCUCCAUCAGUGUAACUCCGUACUUCAGCAGUUGUGGCAGUAUUUUGUAUUCAAACAGCUCUGGUCAAAAACUUUCCAACACAUAAUGCAGUCUCAUCAAAACCACAACUUCCUGGGGAGGGGAGAUCACUUUGGUUAAGUUUGUGUUUCAAAGCCACUGGACUGAGGCAGAGAGUGGAGGUUAAUACAGACAGUAGCAGAGUAUCAUGCUAGGGCAAACCUCAUACAACAUAGGCCAGCACUAAUCACAGCAGAACACAGACAGAAGGCAAUGCUAUGUAAGCUGGGGCUGGGAGCUCCAUGUUUUGGUUAAGUCAGAGGUGGCUGGAGUGAAGGCUUGCCCAUUUCAGUCCUGGGCUCAACAACUGCCAGAUUCACCUGCAAGAGUUUCUGAGCCUUAGCAGCACACAGAAAGAGAGGGCUGUGCCACAGCCCAGCAUCUGGCUAACAGCUUGUACAAGAUGCUGCCCGCACUCAGGGCACUGUACUGGCACACAACACUAGGAAAUGGAGCUGGCUGGGCACCUGUGUCACUCACAAGGGCCUUUUGCUCUCUCUGGCCCUCCCAAGAACUGUGCUACAAAAACUCUCCAGACCUUUCUGUUUUAGUUACAAGAACCAAGCCGAAACUGUAAAAGGGAAUUGAUUGUUUUUAACUCACCCAUUCUCUGCUCUGUGAAGAUCCUUUCUCCCUGGAGAAAUCUCUCCAUGGUGUGAUAGUACUGGAGUGUGAUACCAAUGUCCUGGUAGGCUCAAGAUUCAUAACACAACUACUGUAGUCAAGAGCAUGGUCCUUAGCAAGGCAUUUGAAGCUUAAUCUAACCAGUAGUAUUCCUUACCUUUUUUCAGUUUAGUCCUUCCAUGCUCCCACUGUCCAGCCUGUAGUGCACAUUAAAGCCUAGCUGCAACCUCAGAGUCACUGACACAGCCUGGAAUUUUGAGGAAAAGUAUUCCUGGACUCAAUGGAGGCAAUUGUAAAGAUCUGAUGGGCCAGUGCUGGCUUUUAUUGAUGCAAUACCUAUCAUCCUACCUGAAUGUGACAGCAUUACAUCCAGAGACACCUUUAUUUAUUGCAACACUUUCACUGCAUGCACUUUCUUUUGCAUUUAAAGCUCAGCAUUUAAAAAAAACCCUUCCUGGCUUAGAUGGUUAAAUGCCUGUAUAUUAAUGUGCUUGAAAUCUAAUUCUAGGACAUCUUAGAAGAAAUGGGGGAUGCAUUUUAUAAUUGCAAGGUGGUCUGCAGCAAACAGAGUAAGUUGUUAUUUAACCUGCAAGAUCCAUAAAGUAUUUAAGUAUGUAAAAAUUGUUCUGGCUUAGGACACCACAGACAAAAAGGGAUGUGUUAAAAAGAGAAAGUAAGGUCAACAGAGUUGUAACUAGGCUUUAAAUAAAGAGGAACUAUGCAAAAGGGAAACCAGGUAGAAAACUUCCUCAAUCAAAUGGCAUUUGAAAGAAAAAGGAAUGACAUGGAUAGAGCCAGAUGAAAGUUCUCUGAAGUUAGAGAAGCAAAGCCCUGCAAUUGCAUUAUUACCAAGGACUCACCUCUACAGUUCUGUUACAAGAGCUGGUAACCGAAACCUGCUGGGUUUGCACCAUCUGAACCCUUUCCACUGCCUUCCCCAGUACAAUAAAGCAUUUCUUUAUUGCCCCAUAGAGACAGGACUCUGGCUACCACCUAACGAUGCAGAAAGUUUACAGCCUGCACAUAACUUUAUGUUUUGAUUUCCUGGUUCUUUAUAAACUUGUCUGGUUUAAACAAACCAUUAAUAAAAGUGCUAUCAUAUUUAAA